CUUUAUGAUGUUGACAAACAUUUGACAUGACCACUAUCAUAAAGGUUAAAUACGUUGAAUAUUUAUCAAAUAGCGAUGACACUGGACUUCUAGAAACUGUAAAUAGAGAGAUACUGGUGAAUAUAAAUUGUUCAAUUAAGAUGAUAAUCAAUUAUAUAAGAAAAGUCGCACGUGUGAAUGGCGAGUUCGAUUUGUGCGAUGAAAUAAAUUGUCAACCGAAGAUUAUAACUUUUUAUGAACCUUGUACACGUGGAACAGAUAUUCUUCAACCAGAUUUAACAUAUUUUAUCGUUACUUUCGAACGAGAUGAAAAUGGACAAAUGAUAAAUCUUACCCCGCUUUUAAUCGAAAAAGCAGCUGUUACUAAGAAAUAUUACGACAGUUUCUCGAAAAUCCAAAGAUCACCAUCACAAAAGCUUGCGUUAAAUCUAUGCUCAAAAAGUAUAAUAAUGCACAAUAAAUCUAAUAAAUAAAGAAUAUUACUUUACAAUCACAAUUGUAUUAAAGUGCAUGUAUUUAUAGUGUUAAUCUCUCUCCCUAUGAAAAAAUAGAUGUAUGGAUGUCAUGUAUCAAAUAUGUAAUGUGGAUAAAGGGGUAAAAGUUAUAGUUAUGGUGUAAAUCACUUAAUUAUGUAUGAUUUCAAGAAACAAAAAGUUUUUUCAACAUAUUUGCUUCAAUAGACUAAUUCAAGUCAAGACUUCAAGUCGAAAUUUAAACAAAGUAACUUAAAACAUAAAUAAUAGUAUAGCACUACCAUUUUCAGCCUUCCAUACAUACACAAUCAAUUUGUCACACACCAAUGAAAAUAUAUUAUGAAAAUUAAGAAA